AUGGGUUCAGGAAUAAUCUGGAAACUGUUCUCAACAAGUGGUUGCGUUUCUUCCACCCAGGUGCUCAAAGCCAUAAAGUCUUUUGGAAAUGGCUCAUCCGGGGGUCUCGACGGUUUGCGUCCUCAGCAUCUCAAAGUCCUACUUUCCGGCCCCCUGCCAAUUGACGACCUAUUAAAUUCCCUAACGAAUUUUAUAAAUUUGGUUCUGUCGGGCGCCUGUCCACCCACGGAGCCAUCUGGCAUUUCAGUGCAAGAUGGCAAGCGACCAGACGGUUGUACUCUUACUCCCUGGAGAGCUGGUAAAUGUUUAGCUUGGGAUGUUACGGUUCCUGGUACCUUGGCCGAGCGCUACGUUCACCUUACCAGCUAA